UUGAAGUUUGGUAGCUGGUCUUGGUCUCGCCGGAGAAUCGGAGAAGAUGGAGAACGAGAUGGAGUGGUUUACGUGGGAUUUGGCCGGGCUUUACGAGAAGGACGGGUCACCGGCGACGAUUUUCACAGAGACCUCCGAAUUUCAUCCGGAUUCGUUGCCAUUGUUGAGCGGCACAAGUGAACGUGAGGCUCAUCGCUACCUUCAGGAUCUCGGAAAAAUCACUGCAGCCAUGGAAGCAGAAAAAAUUGCUCCUCAUCACAAAUGGUAUAUUUGGCGAAGAAAUUUAUGGGCUAUCAACAUUGUUCUUCGUUCGUAUUUGGCAACUUUGGCGAGUUCUUCUGUAUCACCUGUUUUCUGUCGCGAAGUACCAUUUUUCCCUUCCCUUGGUGCCGAAUUUACUUUGCUCGGGCAACCUGAUUUGUUCGUCGGGUAUUUGACUCUAUGUGCUUAUUGGAUCCAUGACGUUGAACUAUUAGUGUUCCAAGGACAUCCUUCAUCACCAGAAAGAUUACCCCAUCUUUUCCUUACUCGUUAUACUGCAAAGGUGUGGAAUAUUUACCAACGAAUUGAAUCGAUGAAGACGGACAGUCUUAUGGCUGGUUCUUUAUUGCCACUUACACUUCCGACGGCAACCUCAAGUAAUUCUCCUCAAUCUCCUCAAACAGCAUUCGGAACUAGUGAACAAGUCACAGAUAGUGUGGAUGAACCGGAUAUUACAUCUAUGUUAGAAAGUUUAAAGCUUUGAGAGAUGGUAUUCUGCAGAUUAUCUAGUUAUCAACUUAAUUUCCUCCUGCAGAUCUAUGUGUUGAUAAAUAAGAAUUUGGAUUCAUCCUUUGUGCAUACAUAUGGUUUGAGCUGGUGGUUUUCCAUGAACCCUUCCGAACCAGGGCUGCUGCAACUUGAUACACAUGAAAUUUAAAACAAUGUCUUCAAUUCAAUUUUAUUUUGACAGCUUUAUGUUGUAUAUAUCCUUUGUUUUUACCCAUUUAAAAUACUAUACUGCAGACACUAUUCCAUUUGCCAUCAAUGGCAACAAAUGAAUAAAAGAAGAGAAAAUUCUAAUUUUAGUUUUUUACAUGGCAGCUUCCCAUUUUCUUUAUUCUUAAUAUAAAUUUGAUUUACAAUUUGCAUUUACUUCAUAAAUAGAGAAUAAAAUAUUUGGCCAAGCCUAUCCACAACACAGGUACACAAAUCCAAUUAUUGAUCAACUCUGCCACCAAAGACUUUUCAACAAGACUUUGUGAGCUUGAUUGUAGAGACAGCGUAUUUUGAUUUCAUGGAUAAGUUUAAUUGCCUAGUUUUCUCAAGAGUUCUUGACUCUGAUAUUUAUGUAAAUGAAAUAAUUUCUCUAAUUUUGUAAAUGUAAAAUCAAGUUUAUAAACAUGAUGAAAUACAAUAAAUAAAAUGUCAGGCAAUAACUUUCAACUAAUUUUCUGACCUAAUUUUUAAUAAGCAAAUGAAAAAUUUUGGACAAGUCCACAGAAAUAGUAACUAUAAUCAAAGAAUUUCACCACUAGAGAAUAUACCACAUCACAAAAAUUUAGUUCUAAGUUCUAACACAAUGGCAUUCCAUAUCAGUAACAUACUUGAGCAUUACCCUGACAAGGCUGUAACUUUAACUACCCAUUUCAGAGUAAUAGAAAAAUAGUAAAUAAUGCAAUGAAGAAAUAGCAUGAACCAGUAAGACAAUAGAAAAUAGCUAAAUGUGAAUUACCGACAGAAUUAUACCUGAUCAGCUCUCAAAGAUGCUCAGCUGAUGCUAAAAAUAUUAAUUAUCAUACAGAUGAAACCGCUUUUAACUCAAGAGGUAAUAAGUUGCAUAAAUCCUUGCCAUGACUGGGAAAUCUCCAAUCUGAAUAACAAAUAUAAGAACAUAGAAACAGGUAGUAGUGCCAAAAAGUGA